AUGAAAUAUUGUUCUAGUGAUCUUGAGGAAACCGACUUACUAAGAGGAGGAGAUAGUGAUAGUGACGACGAACAUAAUAUAUAUGAUUAUAAACGUCAUAUAUUAUUCAAAGUUUAUACCUGUUUACAAGAUAAAAUCAGAGAUCAAGUGGUUAGAUAUCAUGGGAUUGAAGAGAAUUCCCAAAAUGUGGUGUUUUAUCAUGAUUUAGAACCACAAUAUUUCCGAGAAAAUAAACUUAUGAUGCAUCUGGAUGUUUAUUUCAAUAAUUUUAAAUAUUUCCGAGAUCAUCAUACGGUGAUAUUAUCGUUUGAAUUAGGUAUAGACGAUAAUGGUGAAGGAAUGAAAGAAUUAUUGAAAAGAUUUAUAGUGAUUAAUGAUUUAGAACCUGAGAUAAAAAUCAUUCUUCAUAUUAAAAAAUGUUUCCCCUUAGAUCGAGACCAUUGGAGAUUCAAAUUACCUGAUCAUUUACUUCGAAAACUUCAAAUCGUAGGGUUUAUCUUUGAUACUGAUUAUAUCGCUCAUGAUUGUCCUUUAAGUUAUCAUCAGAUCAUUGAUAUAUUACCCGUGAUUUCAGUUGCAUGGUUAACCAAACCUAUCGUUACUGUAUUUUGUAUUGGAGAAAAAGUUCGAUUAAAGGAAGAUGUAGCCUUGAUUCAAUUACCUAAUGUUAAAUAUCAUGGGUUUGAAAGUUAUGAUAUUGAUUUACAAUAUCGAUGGGGGAAAUAUUUCCUUAGUAAUUUUAACACUAAGAUUGAAAAAUUAGUAUUACGGAAUUUUCUAAUGGGUACUAUUUCAAUUAAAUUUUUAUUCCCCAAUUUAAAAGAACUUUAUUUGAUUGGAUAUCAUGAUUUACCAUUGAGUAUAUUUGAUAUAAAUAAAGCAAUAUCAAGAGAUGGGCUUUUAAUUAAGAUUUUAAGUUAUUAUAAUGUGUGGAAUCAUCAACCAAAGAUUGAUCAUAUUGGAGAUUCAUUUAAAUUAUGGAUCAGUAAUGAACGGAAUGAUCAAAAGUCUUGUGUGAGUUAUACUAAGACACGACAAGAAGUUACUCUAGUUGAAUUUGAGCCUCAUUAUCAUUCCAAUUUGGAUUAUUUACAAGGACGAGAAUUUAGUUGGGAAUUCUUAUCCAUAUAUGUUACCACUGAGGAGAUGAGUGAGGAGGAUCAUAAGACCAUCAAAGAGAGAGAUGAAGCAUUGGCAAGACAAAGAAAUGAGUGUUAA